ACCUCCCUCUGAUUGGCCAGAGCCAAAAAUACGCGCCACACAUGUCGUAUUCGAAGUAAACAAAUUCUUGAAUUAUCAGCUUCUAAAAAGUUUACAGUUGUCUGAAUUGUGUACUUUGUGUUGUACGAUAACAGAUAACAGCUCUUAAACGUAUCUUUACGUGCAAUUUCUUGCGUUAUAUGAGCCACUGGCGUCGGUCAUGUGGCCGGUUCCGUGAUUCUACACAUACACCAGCUUGAGCCGGAGGAAAAUUAAUGUAAACAAGUGUAUGUUGUUUAAAAAUAAUAUUGUGGACAAGCAAAUAUAAUGGAUUGUGUUGCAACCGGAGGAAACGUGAAAGUUUUAGCAAAAGCCAUACAUUCGCUGUCAAGAAUCGGAGAGGAGCUGUAUUUGGAGCCUGUGGAGGAUGGGCUGUCCCUUCGGUCGGUUAACUCUUCCCGGUCAGCCUUUGCCUGCUUCCUGCUGUCUCCUCUCUUCUUCCAGAAAUAUCAGGCUCCUUCAGACCAGAACUUUCGCUGCAAAAUACCCAUCAAGAGUGUUCAGGCUGUGUUCAAGUCCCUGUCGUCUCUGGAUCGCUCCGUAGAAAAGUGCCGUAUUCAGCUGAACAGUGAAAAGAGUCGGUUGACCAUAACUCUGCACUGUAAACACGGGCUCUUGAAAACACAUAAUUUGUCCUUUCAGGACUGUGAGAGUUUGCAGGCCGUGUUUGAUAAAGAAAGCUGUGCAAACGUGCUACAAGCUCAACCCAGGUUGAUGGUGGACACAGUUCUGCAUUUCCCUCCAUCUCAGGAGGAGGUGAAUCUGUCAGUGAGCAGUGACCGAGUGUGGCUCAGGAACCACGUGGAGGAUGACGCAGACUCAUCACGGGCAAUGAUGACUGAACUGUGUUUGAGCUCAGUGGAGUUCGAUCAUUUUGCCAUCAGCACUCAGACCAGCAUCACCUUCUGCCUCAAAGAGCUCAGGGGUUUGCUUGUAUUUGCUGAGUCGUCUGGUCUUCCAAUCUCUAUUUAUUUUGAUGAGCCAGGCAGUCCAGUAAUCCUGAGUGUAACAGACAGUGUUCUGGAGGCUAAUUUUGUCCUCGCUACACUGUCAGAGGACUCGCAUCCAAAGAACCACGGCAAAUCCAACCCAAAACACCCUGAUACAGAGCAACCACCAGACGACUUCAUGAAUGACGACAUGGACUCAUUUCUCAUCGCCAUGGAGACCAGUGAACUUCCUGGACCGUCACAUGCACCCACAUCCCCCCCGCACACCUCCAAUAACAGAAAACACCCAUCCAGCGAAGAGGAGCAGGAGGAAGCACUUGCAGAAGGACCUCCCAACAAAAAGUUUUGUUCACUUUUCUUCGGUUCAGUCCUGCCCACGCUGUCUCAGCGGACCAAUCAGACGAUACAGAGCCAGGAAGUGCUCGCAAGUGACAGUGAAGACGAAAAUCAGGCAGAAACAUCAUAGCGAUGUGGAAACAUGCAACCUCACAAAGACUGCUAAAGACAUUUACACACACACACACUUCUCCUGAUUUUAUUUUCUAUCAAAAUAAUAAUGAGUUUAAACCAAGAGAUGAAGCAGUGAAUAAAACAAGCCACAUCAAAUCAUUGAACGGCUCACAUUAAAACAUCUCACUCGCACUGUGAAAUGCGAAUAUGUGGUCAAGUCUCUGAUUAUUUAGAAGUAA